GACGGCGUGAGGCGGGGAGGGCGCCUUGGCUGAGUGGAAGGGUAGGGGACGGGCGAUAGAGGGAAAGGACGGUUAGAAGAGAAAAGCGGAGGGAGGAACAUGAGGAUGUCUCUCCCGCGACACCCCUCGCCGCCUUCUCCCUCCACCACGUCUUCCUCCUCCUCCUCCUCCUCCGGAGGUUCUUCUUGCUGACGACGACUCCCCGCACGAGUCCUCCCCCGCCCCCCGCCGGCCCCAAGCUGGCUGCGCCACUGGCCAUGGUGCCCAGCGAAGACAACCAGCUGGUCCCUAAAGAGGAGAUGCUUUGGAGAUGCAGACAGAAUAUAUUUGAUGAAAUGAAGAAGAAAUUUUCACAGAUUGAAAAUGCUGCUGAUGAACUUCGAGUGCUUUGUAUAAUACAAGAUACUACCAAUGCUAAGACAGUGAAUGAGCGCAUCACAUUGAAUUUGCCAGCUUCCACACCAGUAAAAAAGCUAUUUGAAGAUAUAGCCUCCAAAGUGGGCUAUGUUAAUGGAACAUUUGAUUUAAUUUGGGGAAAUGGAGUCAAUGUUGCUAAUACGACACCACUGGAUUAUUUGAGUGAUAAAUCUGUUGUUGAUGCUGGUUUUGAGCCUGGGAAAAAGAAUUUUCUGCAUUUGACAGAUAAAGAUGGAGAACAACCUCAAGUGGUAUUGGAGGAGUCUGGUGGAUCAGAUGACCACAAUCCUGAUAGAUUUAUAGGUCCUCUACCAAGAGAAGGUUCAGUUGGCUGUUCCAGUGAUUACGUCAGUCAGAAUUACUCUUAUUCAUCAAUUUUGAGCAAAUCAGAAACAGGAUAUGUGGGUCUAGUAAAUCAGGCAAUGACCUGUUAUUUGAACAGUCUUCUACAAACACUUUAUAUGACUCCUGAAUUUAGAAAUGCAUUAUAUAGAUGGGAAUUUGAAGACUCUGAAGAAGAUCCAGUGACAAGCAUCCCUUACCAACUUCAAAGAUUGUUUGUUUUAUUGCAGACCAGCAAAAAGAGAGCAAUUGAAACUACAGAUGUUACACGAAGCUUUGGAUGGGAUAGUAGUGAAGCAUGGCAGCAGCAUGAUGUGCAGGAACUCUGUAGAGUUAUGUUUGAUGCUUUGGAACAAAAAUGGAAACAAACGGAGCAGCUUGUUGAACGCACGAUGAUUGCUUUCUUCACAAUGCUUGCUUUAUACUUUAACGUGGGAUCCAUCAAACAACAUCCUUUAGAUAGUAGUCUUAUAAGCUGUGCACCAGUCAUUUUGCAAUUGGAGGAAGCUUUACAUGCUUUUAUUCAGCCUGAGAUCCUUGAUGGUGCCAAUCAAUAUUUCUGUGAACGAUGCAAGAAGAAAUGUGAUGCAAGAAAGGGUUUGCGAUUCUUGCAUUUUCCUUAUUUGCUGACCUUGCAGUUAAAAAGAUUUGAUUUUGAUUAUACCACUAUGCAUAGGAUAAAACUUAAUGACCGUAUGACAUUUCCUGAAGAGCUAGAUAUGGGCUCAUUCAUUGAUAUUGAAGAUGAGAAGUCUCCUCAAACAGAGAGUUGCACUGAUAGUGGAGCAGAGAAUGAAGGCAGUUGUCACAGUGAUCAGAUGAGUAAUGACUUUUCUAAUGACGAUGGCAUUGAUGAAGGAAUAUGUCUUGAAAACAAUAGUGCUGCUGAAAGAAUUUCAAAAGUUGUCAGUGAAAAGAAUUCAUUACUAUAUGAAUUAUUUUCUGUUAUGGUUCAUUCGGGAAGUGCAGCUGGCGGUCACUAUUAUGCAUGCAUAAAAUCCUUUAGUGAUGAUCAGUGGUACAGUUUCAAUGAUCAACACGUUAGCAAGAUAACUCAUGAAGACAUUAAGAAAACUUAUGGUGGAUCUUCUGGAAGCCGUGGCUACUACUCCAGUGCUUUUGCAAGCUCGACAAAUGCAUAUAUGCUUAUAUAUAGACUAAAGGAUACAACUAGAAAUGCAAAGUUCUUAGAAGUCAAUGAAUAUCCAGAGCAUAUUAAACAAUUAGUAGAAAAAGAAAAGGAACUGGAAGAACAAGAAAAGAGGCAGCGUGAAAUAGAACGUAAUACUUGCAAGAUAAAAUUAUUCUGUAUGCAUCCUGUAAAACAAAUAAUGAUGGAAAAUAAACUGGAAGUUCAUAAAGAUAAGACUCUGAAGGAAGCUGUGGAGCUGGCUUAUAAGAUAAUGGAUUUAGAAGAGGCAGUUCCUUUGAAUUGCUGUCGUCUUGUUAAAUAUGAUGAGUUCCAUGAUUAUUUGGAACGAUCUUAUGAAGGAGAAGAUGACACUGCAAUGGGAAUCUUGCUUGGUGGUGUUAAAUCGACCUACAUGUUUGAUCUUCUUCUGGAAACCAGACAACCUGAUCAGUCUUUCCAAUGUUACAAACCUGGUGAAGUCAUGGUAAAGGUUCAUGUUGUUGACCUAAAACAGGACACAGUGGCUCCUCCAAUUAGUGUCCGUGCUUAUUUGAACCAAACAGUUACAGAAUUCAAGUAUCUAAUUUCAAAGGCUGUACAUUUACCUGCUGAAACAAUGCGUGUUGUUUUGGAACGUUGCUAUAAUGAUUUGCGUCUUCUCAAUGUGGCUAACAAAACACUUAAAGCUGAAGGCUUUUUUAGGAGCAAUAAAGUAUUCAUUGAAAGUUCAGAUUCUCAAGAUAGACAGCUGCCGUUUACAGAUUCGCAGUUAUGGAAACUCCUAGAUCGCCAUGCAAAUACAAUCAGACUGUAUGUUUCAUUACCAGAACAGUCUCCUGGAUUACUGUUCAGAAGGACAAUAUUUCAAAAGGCGAGUGGAGAUUCAGGCAAUUUAGAUGCAAAUUGUGAAGCAGGGAAAGGAUUUUUAUCUAAUACAAAAUCUGUAGAAGCUAUCCUAGAAGAGAGCACUGAAAAACUUAAAACCUUGUCCUUACAGCAACAGCAGCAGGAAGGAGAUAAUGGUGACAGCAGCAGGAGCACAGAGGCCAGUGACUUUGAAAAUAUCGAAUCUCCUUCCAAUGAGGCAGAUUCAUCAGCAUCAACAGAAAACCAGGAACUUGAAAACCAAAUACAGGUUUCUGAUACAGAUAAUUUCCAGUCGGAGGAACGGUCAGAUUCCGAUUUGAACAAUGACAGGAGCACAAGUUCAGUGGACAGUGAUAUUCUUAGUUCCAGCCACAGCAGUGACACAUUAUGCAAUGUUGAUAAUGCCGCUAUAUCCUUGGCGAAUGGACUUGAUUCACACAGCAUAACAAGCAGUAGGCGAUCCAAAGCCAAUGAAGGGAAAAAGGAAACAUGGGAUACGGCUGAAGAGGACUCUGGAACCGACAGUGAAUAUGAUGAAAGUGGGAAAAGCAGAGCAGAAGCUCAAUUUAUGUACUUCAAAGCAGAGCCUUACAUUGCAGAAGAAGGUUCAGGAGAGGGGCAGAAAUGGUUGUUGAUUCAUGUUGAUAAAAGAAUUACACUCUCUGCCUUCAAACAACUCUUGGAGCCAUUUGUUGGAGUUCCAUCUUCUCAGUUUAAGGUCUUUCGAAUUUAUGCCAGCAGUCAGGAAUUCGAGAGUGUCCGGUUGAAUGAGACUCUUUCAUCCUUCUCAGAUGAUAACAAGAUAACUAUCAGGUUUGGAAGAGCACUAAAGAAAGGGGAAUACAGGGUCAAGGUUUACCAACUUUUGGUGAAUGAUCCAGAGCCCUGCAAGUUUCUUAUAGAUUCAGUUUUUGCUAAGGGAAUGACUGUGCGGCAAUCAAAAGAAGAGUUACUUCCUCAGCUCAGGGAGCAAUGUGGGCUGAAUUUGACUGUUGACAGAUACCGCCUAAGAAAGAAGACUUGGAAAAACCCAGGAACUGUAUUUCUGGAUUAUCAUGUCUAUGAAGAAGAUAUUAAUAUUUCAAGUAACUGGGAGGUUUUCCUAGAAAUACUUGAAGAAGCAGAAAAAAUGAAAUCUAUGUCACAACUUGCUGUUCUGUCAAGAAGAUGGAGGCCAUCAGAGAUGAAACUGGAUCCUUUUCAAGAAGUAGUUUUAGAGAGCAGCAGUGUUGAUGAAUUAAAAGAAAAGCUUAGCGCAAUAAGUGGAAUCGUCUCAGAAAAUAUUGAAUUUGCAAAGGGUAGAGGGACAUUUCCAUGUGAGAUCUCCAUUCUAGAGAUACAUCAAGAUUUGGACUGGAAUCCGAAGGUUUCCACACUGAAUGUAUGGCCUCUCUACAUUUGUGAUGAUGGAGCAGUAAUAUUUUAUAGGGAUAAAACCGAAGAAAUGGUGGAACUAACUGAAGACCAGAGAAAUGAACUCAUGAAAAAAGAAAGCAGUAGACUUCAGAAAACUGGACAUCGUGUGACCUACUCCCCUCGUAAAGAAAAAGCACUAAAAAUAUAUCUUGAUGGAGCGCCAAAUAAAGAUUUGACUCAAGACUGAUAUUUAUUUCAGCAUUUUCUCUGGGAAAUUUUUCUUAAGUAUGAAAAAGGUACACAACUACUGUGUAGUGCCAUUAUGGCAGGACAUUAGGUAUAAAGAAGAGGCAUCAGCACUGAUUGGUAAAGGACAGCGCAGUCCAGUUCAGUGCCCAGUCAAGUCCCCGUUUGACUUGGAAUCAUGUUGUGCACUAUAGUCAAAUGUACUGUAAAGAGAAAAGGGAUGUGCAAAUAAAAACCCAGAAAAGCAUAGUGGGGGAGGGUAAUUGGCAAAAAUUGGAGAUAAAUGUGCACAUAGCAGUAGCUAGUCAACUAGCCACAGACAGGAUAUUCAUAGCUUAAUAAAAGCUGUGCAAAGGCCAUGAAUGAUUUUGUUUUUGUUUUUCACUGAUACACACAUUACCUCACAGAUGAUUUCUGAAGUAAAUGUGACAGUGGUUUUUAUAAAAACAAAGAUGUGGAAAUGGACUAGAAAUACAAUGAAAUUGGCAAACUUGUCCCUUAAAGCUUACAGGUUUAACUUAAGUCUCAUUGGACUCAUCUUCCAUGAAGCAAAGACACCUGGAGAAAAAGUAUUUUUUAGUAAAAACUUACCAUUGCCAGCAGGUGGUGUUUAUUUUGCAGAAGUGUUGUAACUGAUUUUUAGUUAGGUUAUGAAUAAUGGCAAUGUCACUAUUCUGUUCAGUGUGUAAAUACUGUUUUGCUCUCCUGAGUUACCAGAAAUACAUUUCAACUGCUUACUAUGGUAUUUCUUUCCACAUAACGAUAUUCACUGUGUACAUUUAAGAGUAUAGCUGGCUAUUUAAAUUUGUAUCCCUUUUGUUUUUGAGGGCAAUGUUGGGUACUUAGAUUUGUAAUGUUUCCUUGUUAAUGAGUUUCAGGGCUUUUUGUUUGGUUAGCUACUUAUUUUUGUACAUUUUUGGACUGGGAUUCUUUUGAGUUUGCUUUUUCUAGCAUCAUUGCAAAUCACAUUUUUUCUUGAGAGUUGAUUCAUAGUUUUUACAUGUAGCUUUUUUUAAAUGAAUGCCCUUCAUUUAACACCUCCCAAUAUAGUUUGCAGUAGUUCAAAAUGUGGUACAGAU